GUUGUUUGGACUUUGGAGGAGAUCAACCCACAGAUGCCCCUAUUUUUUUUUUGUCUCUCCACAGGCGACAGACACUCGCCCUUCAUUCUGAAGAUCCUUUUCCAAUUUGGUCUAUUCUUUUGUUGCUACAGAACUUUUUCCUCCUUUGUCCAUUUGCUCGGUUGUUCCAUCGUUAUCGUGGCAACUUGGCUUAUGUUUGAAAAUUCAUGUGAAGUUGGAGUCUUUUCCAAGCUGACAAAUGCUUAUUGCUUGGUUGCGAUUGGUGGGUCAGAAAACUUCCACAGUGUUUUGAUGCAGAGUUGGCAGAUGCCAUUCCAGUGUGUUUACAUUUUAGAUAUGCUGCCUACUUUUCUUGAUUUUACUAAUUCUUUUGUUUUGGCAGGAAAUAAAAAUGCCCUACUUGUGCUCCACACCACAACAGACCAAGAACUUCACCACUUGCGGAAUAGUCUACCAGACCAAGUUGUUGUUCAGCGCAUGGAGGAGAUGCUAUCUACUCUUGGAAACUGCAUAGCAUGCAAUGACCAUGUUGCUCUUACUCACACUGAUCUAGACAGGUGUUCAGGCAGACAAUUGCCGGUAACACCCUUGUUCACCCUCACACAUCCAUUGAAGACUUGGAUGAGACCUUGGUUGCUGGCACUGUCAACCGUUGCAGUGAAGUCAGCUGCUGGAAUGACUAUGAAUGACUGGACUGCAUUCUGCGGCUCAGACACUACAGCAACUGAGCUCUCAGUCAUUAAGAGUGUGUUCAAACUGCUGGAAGCACAGCCAAAUCGAUGAGAUGAGGAAAUCAUUGAUUAACACUUCUGUUUGAGUUCUCUCAGUUGUCCCAAUACUACAAUAUUUCCUCUUGAAAAUUGUAUUAUGUUUCCUAAAUUUCAUAAAUUCCAGUAGCCAAGUAUAAAUAUUUUCCACAAUA